AACCCUCCAGUCGUUGGUCUCUGAACAGACACCAGUGACUCUUCGCUCGCUUCCAUCUUCCCUUCCCACAUACCUCAGGAUCCUCUCUCUCUCUCUCUCUCUCUCUCUCUCUCUCUUCGUGUAUUUUUCAGAGAAGAAGAAGAUGAUGCACAUGACCAUGUACUGGGGCACAGACCUCACCCUGCUAUUCGACUGGUGGACCACCGACUCCUGGCUCGCCUACUCCCUCUCCCUCCUCGCCUGCUUCCUCUUCUCCCUCAUCUACCAAUUCCUCGAAUCCCUCCGCCUCCUCCGUUUCAAACCCACCUCCGCCGCCGCUGCCGCCGCCUAUCUCCCGUCCCAGCAGCCCCCGAGCGAGGCUCCCCUCCUCUCGAAAAGCGGAGGAGGCGGCCGCAAGCACAGCCUACGGAGGCUGGCCCACGCCGCGCUCUUCGGAGUCAACGCGGCGAUCGGGUACGCCCUCAUGCUGGCCGUCAUGUCCUUCAACGGAGGUGUGUUUCUGUCUGUGGUUCUGGGGAUCUCCGCUGGGUAUUACUUUUUUAGGUGUGGAGAUUUGGUAAGUGAAUCAAAUGAUGCUGUUGUUGAAAACUCCUGUGCUUGUUCAUGACUUUUUUCCCUUUCUCUCUCUCUCUCUGUGUAUCGGGUGUAAUUUUGCUCAUGAAGAUACUAUUUUUCUUUCGAUAAUCCAAAUACAAUGGAUAAUGUGUGAUAAUGUAUAAAGAAUGCACCGAUGUCCACAAAAAUAUUUUGAUAUCCGUGAACGUGUAAUAACUCGUGCGUGGUGUUAAUGUGGGUAUUACGUUAUCUAGUGGGCGGCCGUUGGCAA